GCGGAUCCGGUGGUCUCGGUCGCGCGAUCGUCCAAGGUUUGAAAGAUGAUGGGAGGUAUACAACCCUGAUCUUGGCGCGAAAGGCCAACGAGGAACUCGAGAAGGAAACCGGAGCCCGCGUCCUCGCAGCCGACUAUUCCAGCGUCGAGGCGCUUAUCAAACUCUUCGAAGAGAACAACAUCGACACUGUGAUAUGUGUGGCUUCUUGGCACAACGUAGAGGGAAUGUUCAAUCUCAUCAAAGCGGCGGAUAUCUCGAGGGCAACCCGGCGGUACAUUACCAACAAUUGGAGCGGAGUCAAUUACCAGCUCCAAAAACACGGCAACAUCAACCCCCUUCUCACUGCGAAGUUACAGCAAGCAGAGGAGCUGAAGAAGACGACCUUGGAAUGGACGGACAUCGUCAACGGCAUCUUCCUCGAUUAUUACGCCCCCGGGGUUACCACACAUGUGCGGCGCUUUCCCCUCAUUGUGGAUGUCGACCAUGAUGUUGCCGUCAUCCCAGGCGAUGGGGAGAUGACACAGUUCUUCACGCACACCACCGAUAUUGGGAAGUACAUCGCUGCUUUGCUCAGUCUGGAGAAAUGGGAGUGCAAGUAUUACAUCAAGGGCGACGCGUUGACGUGGAAUCGACUACUGGCAUUGGCUGAGCGCGCCAAAGGCGUCAAGUUUGACGUCACAUAUGACAGUGCGGAGAAGAUCGAGAAGGGUGAGGUGACACUGGUUCGAGCUCACGUAGAGAUCCUGAGCAAGGUUGGGAUGGAUGAAGCUAUGCUUAAGAAAUUCAUGGAGACCGUCUUUAAGGCACUGAUUGAGGGAAGAGGGGACUUCGGGCCCGGGAGUUAUCUCAAUGAGAUCUUUCCGGAGAUCGUCCCGCUGAAGACGGAGGAGGCACUUCAGCAGUCCUUCUCGAAAUAGGAGUUAUGCAGUACCUGUGUCUGGACUGGGUUUGGGGAGUGAGAGGAGUGACAAGCAGUUCGCUUGGAGGGGUUA